AUGUUGAUCCAAGCCUUAAGCCACAUUCUACUCCUUGGAUUACUGGGCUCGGUCAAGGGCUCAGAGCCAGGUCGCGCUACAGUCCACGUGCCGGGUGCAUCUAUUGUUGGCAACGUGAAAGACAAUGUCGAGUCCUUUAGCGGUAUUCCGUUCGCAGAGCCACCUAUUGGACCCCUCCGCUUGAAAGCCCCUCAGCGCCUUAAGAGGGAACUAGGAGACGUUGACGCCACGGGAGCAGCCGGGGCUUGCCCUCAAAUGGUUCUGUCAACAGAAAGCUCCAACUUCCUGUUCCAGACUAUCGGAAGCAUCGCCAAUCUUCCGUUCGUACACAACGUCACAGGUCAAAGCGAGGAUUGCCUAACAAUCACUGUUGCUCGUCCUGAAGGCACCACCGAAGUGGAAAGGCUUCCUGUUCUUUUCUACAUCUACGGUGGCGGCUAUCAGCUUGGUUGGUCUUCUAUGUACGAUGGCAGCGGUCUCGUCAAGUACGGGGUUGAGAUAGGCAAACCAUUUGUUUUCGUCGUUGCCAACUACCGGGUCAAUGGCUUUGGCUUCCUCCCCGGAAAAGAGAUCCUGAAAGAUGGAUCAGGAAAUCUCGGCUUACUCGACCAGAGAAUGGCGCUGGAAUGGGUAGCUGAUAAUAUCGGUUACUUUGGGGGAGAUCCCGAAAAAGUCUCUAUAUGGGGCGAAUCGGCAGGCGCCUGGUCUGUUUUCAAUCAGAUGAGCCUUUACGACGGCGACAUCAUCUACAAGGGGAAAGACCUUUUCCGAGGCGCUAUUCUUGCGUCAGGUGGUAUACUUCCUGCACAGUCCAUCGACUCAGCCAAAGCUCAGGCUGUCUACGACCGCGUGGUUACUCACGCUGGCUGUAGCGAAGCUUCAGACACCUUAGAGUGCUUGCGAAGUGUUGACUAUACGACAUUCUUGAACGCUGUAUCAGCGGCUCCCGGCAUGCUGUCAUACACUGCCCUUGGUUUGGACUACAUCCCUCGCCCCGAUGGCAAGAGUUUACUCAACAGUGCAGAGGUCCUGGCUGCUAAUGGUAAAUACGCGCCCGUACCAUUUAUAGCUGGAAAUCAGGAGGACGAAGGCACUCUCUUUGCCCUUUUUCAGUCCAAUCUCACUACUACCGAUGGUCUUAUCAAUUACCUCCAGCAGCAUUACUAUUCCGAAGCGACGGCGGACGAACUAGAGAGUUUUAUCGACACCUAUGGACAAGGCAUCGACCAAAUUACCGACAAUAGUCCCUACGGCACCGGGUUACUGAAUGAGAUUUUCCCAGGCUUCAAGCGCCGGGCUUCUAUAAUCGGAGACAUUUUCUUCACCCUCACGAGACGGCUGCUAUUCACUAGGGUUCAAGAAGCUAGAUCUGAUCUCUCUACCUGGGGUUAUAUCUCCUCUUACAAUAGGGGAACCCCUAUCCUGGGUACAUUCCACGGUGCCGAUAUCCUGCAAGUUUUCUUCGGCAUCAAGGACAAUUAUGCUGCUAAAAGUAUCCGCGCAGCUUUCAUCAACUUUGUUGAUCAUCUUAAUCCCAAUGACGAGAGCCAAAGCGCUUACCCAUUCUGGCCGAAAUGGACCGAGGACAACAUGCUCAUGCAAUUCACGUCGGAUAAGUCGUUCAUCACAAAGGACGAUUUUCGUUCCGACUCAUUCAAUUGGCUCCAGAACAAUACGCAAGUCCUUCGCCUUUAA